AUGAAGCUGGUUACUGUCUUCCUGCUGACGACCAUUGGCAUUUGUAGUUACUCUGCUAGUGCCUUCCUCAUCAACAGUUUGCCCCUCCCUGUCAACAAUGCCAAAUUCUCUUUACCUCUGGACAACAUUCUUCUCUCCAUGGAUCCCUUAAAGCUUCUUUUGAAAACUCUGGGCAUUUCGGUUGAGCACCUUGUGGAAGGACUAAGGAAGUAUGUAGACGAACUGGGACCAGAGGCCUCUGAAGCCAUGAAGAAAUUGCUGAUAACUACAGGUUUGGGGAGUUAA